CUUGCUGUGGGUCUCUGUUUCCGCUCCCAGCUGUUACAUCUCUCAUGAUGGCUGACAAAGGCACUGGAUCCAUGAGUCCAGCAGGACAUCAUUAUAAGUCAUGGUUACUCCCAUAAGAGCUCAGAUUCUCAGUGGCUGGAUUGUCUCAGGCUGAGCUUUUCCCAUGGCUCCUGCAGAUUUCUCAGCCUCCCUUCCUCUGUGUGUGUGUCUGCUGCUGGCCUCUGGCUUUGCCCAGGCAGGCAGGCUGCUGGUGGUACCCAUGGACGGGAGCCACUGGUUCACCAUGCAGUCUGUUGUGGAGAAGCUCAUCCACAAUCGGCAUGAGGUGGUGGUAGUCGUGCCAGAGGUGAGUUGGCAACUGGGAAAAUCCCUGAAUAUUACUGUGAAGACGUACUCAAUUUCUCACACCAUAGAGGUUUUAAACCGGGAAUUCAAGUAUUUUUCUGAUACUCAAUGGAAAACUCCAGAAGAAAGUAUGCUUUCUUUGAUGACAGGCUCAGCCAAAAAUUUCUAUGAAUUAAUAUUUUCAAACUGUAGGAGCCUGUUUAACGACAAGAAGUUAGUGGAGUACUUGAAGCAGAGUUACUUCGAUGCUGUGUUUCUGGAUCCUUUCGAGGUGUGCGGCUUGACUGUUGCCAAGUACUUGUCGGUUCCGUCAGUGAUCAUUGCAAAAGUUAUAUUUUGCCACUAUAUUGAGGAGGGCACUCAGGGCCCCAGACCCCUCUCUUAUGUUCCCAGAGUUCUCUCAAAAUUCGCAGACACUAUGACUUUUAUGGAGAGAGUGUGGAACCACAUCACCUAUAUGGGGGAACGUGCAUUUUGCCCCUAUUUUUUCAAAACUGCUACAGAUAUUGCCUCUGAAGUUCUCCAGACCCCAGUGACUAUGGAAGACCUCUUCAGUCAAGUGUCCAUUUGGCUUUUGCGCACUGACUUUGUGUUGGAGUUUCCUACACCUAUGAUGCCCAAAAUGGUCUACAUUGGUGGGAUCAACUGCCAUCAGGGAAAGUCACUGUCCAAGGUAUGCUAUCUCUCUUUUAGCACAUGAAGAGAGUCUUUGGUUUAGCCAAGAAAAGAUAAAUUCUUUACUGAGCUGUGAUUUAUCGUUUACCUCACUGCAUAUGGGAUUUCUUCCUGGGUUAGAGAUGGUUUAUGCCAACUCACUAAUUAGGAAACAAAUCUAUAUUGGUGCCCUAUUGAUAUGCGUGUGUAAACCUGUGAGGAUAUCACAUAUACAUUCAAAGCUACAAUCUAAGUUUAACUAUGUAUGUGUCCUUCCUCUGUGUGUAAUGCAAGGUCAUGAAAUUACAACAAAAAUGGACAAAGAAAAUUUUCCUUAGGAGAAACCAAACCAGCAAGUAAUGAUAAACAUACCACAUAAAGAGAGAAAGGGAGAUGUCCUGGGGUAGGAAGAGGACAUACGGAGGGCAAGGCAAGGUAGCGGGGGAGCAGAAUAAACAGAAAAGAAAAUGUUUGUGAAAUUCCAGAAUACCACUAAAUACUCUGUAUGACAACUUUAAAAAAAUUUUAAAGAGACAAAAAAAAAAAAAACAUUCGAAGUACAUUUUAUUGCUUUUGGAGAUGUUUAAAAAACACAUCAAGCAUUGAAGCUGUGAUCAUUUCCUGUCGGCUGCACUCUAUAGGAGUGCACACGCAGCUUUUCUGCAUUUCAAGAAUCACUGAUACGAUAUACAAGACACAAAGUUGGUGCAUUUUCACAAACAAAAUAAAAUUAGUGAGAGAAGAAUACCACCAUAUAAAUGGGACAAUACAAGCCAACAGAAAAGUAAGAGUGCCAAGGGAAGGGAUAAGAAUCAGAGACUCACUUGUUAGCACUUUCAGGAGUCCCACAGAGGUACUACAUGGGAGCCAGGAGGUAGUGGUGCAUGCCUUUAAUCCCAGCACUUGGGAGGCAGAGGUAGGUGGAUCUCUGUGGAUUCGUGUCUAGUAGGCCUACCAGAACUAGUUCCAGGACAUCUAGGACUGUUACACAGAGAAACACUGUCUCGAGAAACCAAAAUAAAUAAAUAAAUGAAAUAAAAAAUAAAAAAAUUAAAAAAUAAAUAAAUAAAUGAAUAAACAAACAAAUGACUAGACUGGAAGCUAUGGUGUCUGUUCAGGAUGGUACAGGUCCAUGCAGGCCCUGUACAGACUGCUUUAGCCUCGUCAGUUCAUAUGACCUUUGCUGAGUGAUUUAGCAGGCCUUGUUCUUUGGGGUUCCUCCAUUCCUUCUUUCUCCCCAACUUCUUCUGCCUCUCUUCCAUGAGGUACCCUGAGCUCUGACUGGAGAAAUUGGGUGGAGACAUCUCACUGAGAGCUGUGUGUUCCAAGGUCUCUCUAUGUAGUGUCGUGCUGUAGGUCUCUGUUUUCGCUCACAUCUGUUACAUGGGGAAUUUUCUCUGAUGAUGGCUGACUAAGCUACUGACCCAUGAGUACAGCAGAAUGUCAUUAUGAGUCAUUUCAUUGUUACUUCCCCCGAACUAAGAACAGGAAUACUUGGAUUUACCCUAACUGUCUGGACUUCUGGACACCUAAGCAGUAUGAGGUAUGGUUUCCAUCUAAUAAAAAUGAAUGAAAAAUGAAUUUUAUGCUCUGGUAAUGCUGAAGCAUGCAUGGGCAGCCCACAUAUGGAGGUUCUGUUGAACUUGUCUGUGUUCAUGAUCUACGUUAAUGGGGAAGACUGACCAGGCAGUAUCCAUCUCACGGAGUGGGCCUUAAUUCAAAUCAGACAUCGGUUGGUUACUUCAACAAGGUUUGUGUCUCCAUUGUCCUAGCAUAUUUUGUAGGCAAGACAAAUUAUAGGUGCGAUUCUGCUUAAACUGAGUUUUUACCUGAUUCCCCCUGCCCAAAUAUAUCAAGCCUGGCUCCUCUAAAAUAUGCAGACGUUGGAAUUUAACUGUCAGGGUGGAGCUGUAGUAUAACCUUUCAAGUUGAGAGGAACCAUUCUUUGACUUCCCCAGCCAAGCAGUACUAACUGCCCCUGUUCUGGAACCUGAAAGGAGGGAGGCCUUAUACCUGGAUUGAGUGACUGGCCAGCUCUUUUCUAGAUUAUUAUAGCUGUUGCUUGGUUUCUAGGACAGGAGCAAUUGAGGUGGUAGUCUCUUAACAUGACAGCCAGGAGCUAGUAUAUUUUUAAUUAAUUAUUUUUAUUUUAUCCUCAUUGGUGUUUUGCCUGCAUGUUUAUCUAUAUGAGGGUGUGACAAACCCUGGAAUGGGAGUUACAGACAGGUGUGAACUAUCACAUGGAUGCUGAAAACUGAACCCUGGACCUCUCAUUGAGCAACCAAUGCUUCCAACUACGAGUCAUCAUUCUAAGCCCAUAUUCCACCACUUUAAUAUUUUUCCAGAGUUAAACUCCUAUUUUUUUAAUAAAAGACAAAAAUUUGAUCAUCUGAGGUCCACACCUACCUUCCCAGACCAGUUCCUUGGUCACCUAGCAUGGAGAAAUGAAGACAUUUGACUUCUCAGGCCAAGCAUUACUUGCCCCAACAUUUUUCUAUAAUUGACUGAGGUUGCAUUUUUCCUCUUUGGGAGAGCUUAGUGGGGUGCACUAAGAAGUAGGACUGGAAGCAACAGUCUAAAGACUUGAGGUAGUAAAUUCUGUAUUCUCUCCUGAUACAGAAAGCAAGUGUUUCAAUGUCAGGGAUUACAUUUGGAGUUGGCAUAUGUGUCAGGCACACUGAGGUACCACUGAGACACACAGGCUGUUCUCUAUGGUCUCUGCAAUUUGUUUCAGUCCUACCCCAGAUGGAAUAGACAAGCAAUUCCUACUCUACUUCCUAAAGUGAACGGUCUGGAAAGGGUCUUGGAAGAUUUGGGAACCUUCAUGAGUGCCUCUGGGUUCUCAUUUUCUUAUAGACAUCAUAGGCCUGGGACCGUCACCCCUUCCGUGCUGUGUUGUGCUCUGUGAAUGGUGGAUGCAGUGAGGGAGAGGCACAUUUGCAGUGAAUGACGUUAUGCUUGUUAUUUGGACUAUGUUCUCAUCUAUGAGCCAUGUAGAAAUUUCAGGCCCUUUUUUACCCAGGGGAAGACAUGAAAUUAUACCUUUACAGCACAAACAAAAAAUAUCUUAAAAAUGAUGCACGACAGUAUAGAAAAGCUAGGACCAUGAAGCUCUUACAAUAUCUGGUUAAAUCUUCAUGACGUCACUCAAAGAGUCAAUGCACAAAUGUCACUCUGUCUGGUGCCUGUGCGGUAGGGUUGAACACUGUGCCUAUAUUGUAAGUAAUGAGCAGACCCUGCGCAUCACUGUUUUAGAACCAACACAAAUGGUUUGUGAGAUGACUGUUUUCAGAAACAAUACGUGAUUAGAGGCUCAAAUAAACACAUUGAAUGCGCUGUCAUCAUCCCUGACCCAUAAUUCAGCCCUAAGACCAAGCCCAACAUCAGCCCCUCCUGGAUUUGUGGGGAAGGUGUAAGUCCUAAAGUUCUGAUCCCUUUGUUCCUUGGAAAGCAGAGACCUGGCCAUUGUGCCUAAGGUAACUUAGUCUGAGCAUCUUCAUGGAGGCAACAGCUUUCAGAGGUUCAGCUCUUCAUCUUCUGUCCUCCGUCCAGAUGUCUGUCUGAAAGCCAGGCUGAGGAAGAAAGUCAUCCUGUUUUAGGAAGAGCACUAGAAAGAACAGAAACUGAUCUAACACAGCUAAUGUUUCCGUUUGACAGGGACAAUGGUUGUGUUGUUGGUUUACUGGAGUCCUACAGCAGGGCAGAGUCCCAAAGCUCAGUCCUGUCAGUCAAGACUCCUGCACUCUCAGAUCCAUGGAACCACACAGCAAUACAGGGUUGAUUUGACCCUGACCUGUCCUCUGUACCAUAAUGUGCCCUUUAGGAAAGGUUUUCUCUGACUUCUAAAAUUCCCUUCUAUCUGUUCUUGGUGCCUCUCAAUGUCAUCCUUCUUAGUGUCCCUUGUUAUGAGGAACAAAUGAGCAUAUGAUAGAUUUAGAGGAUCCACAUAGACAGCUUCUUAAUUAUUCUGAAUUUAAAAAUUUAAGCAUAUUGUUUCAUAAUUUUAUCAAAAUUGGGUUUACAAUAGAGAGCUUGAUCUUCCAUAGAUAAAAAAAAAACAUAAACAUUUUUGUAACCUGGAAAGCACAAAGUAGUUACUUUGGCCAAUGUAGUUCAAUAAUGAUUGCUCUUUUGAGUAAAUCAUUAGCAUUACAUUUAACUUCCCUUAUACACAUAGAAAUCUAUGUGUCCAGUGAAGGAGAUCGUGUGCUUCUCCUCAACCAGCUCUAUUAGGAGAGCAGAGAGUCUCAGCAA